AUGAAUUGUCUCACUAUUGAUCCUGCCCCUCUUGCAUUUGAGUCAUAUCAGUCAGGGGACUUCAUUAUCGGUGGGAUGGUUUCUCAGAUUACUUCGUUUUCCCCAGCAUUUAAUUUCAAGGAAUGUCCUUGGCAGGAGUUCUCUGAAUUCAGAAUGGUGGUGACAAAGUUCUACCAGCACAUCUUGGCCUUGGAUUUUGCUGUCAAUGAGAUCAAUAAGAAUCCCAAGAUCUUACCGAAUGUCACACUUGGAUUCCACAUCUAUGACAGCUACAACGAUGCUCAGAUGACCUAUCGUACCACCCUGGACCUUCUCUUCAAAUCCCACAGAUUUGUCCCCAACUAUGAAUGCGAUGCCAACAAAAAACUAAUAGCCAUCAUUGGGGCACUUGCCUUUGAUGCCUCACUACACAUGGCAAAACUAUUAAAUAUCUACAAGAUUCCACAGCUCACCUAUGGCUCAUAUGCCCAAGCAGAGAGUGAAAUGAUGCAGUUCCCCUCUUUUUACCGCAUGGUCCCAAAUGAAGCCUAUCAGUAUAAGGGAAUUAUCCGCUUGUUUAAGUAUUUCGGAUGGACGUGGGUUGGGCUCUUUGUGGUGGAUGAUGAUCAAGGAGAACGUUUCCUGCAGGACUUUGAGCCAUUGCUUUCCGAGAAUGGAAUCUGUUCAGACUUCACAAUACCAAUCCCUGCCCGAGCAAGUAUUAACAGAAAACUAACUAAAGGAGAUUUUAUAGACAAUAAUUAUUAUAGGCUUAUCUAUUUUGGGAAAUCUAAAAUAUUUGUCAUCUAUGGUGAAAUAUUUACCUUAAUGUUUAUAUAUUAUCAUUUAUAUGAAAUAGAAAUUCCUGAACAUAAGGAAAAUAUAUUUGUUGGAAAGGUAUGGAUUAUAACAGCCCAGAUUGAUUUUAUACUAGCAGAUGUAAGCCGGGAUUCCAAUUUGCAAGUGUUCCAAGGCGCCAUAUACUUCAAGAUUCACUCAAAUGAACUUUUUGGGUUUGAGAAGUUUCUUCAGAUGCUAAAACCUGAUUGGUCAAAAGCAGAUGACUUCCUGGAGCUGUUCUGGGAACAAGCAUUUGACUGUUCUUUCCCAGAUCCCCUGGUACCUUACAAGGUCUCUGGAAGAUGCACUGGGGAGGAGAGGCUGGAGAACCUCCCUGCGCAUGCUUUUGAAAUGCCCAUGACCGGCCACAGCUACAGUAUUUAUAAUGCAGCUUAUGCUGUAGCACAUGCUUUACAUGCCCUUUGCUCAUCUCGGGCCAACCACAGAGGAAUGGUGGGUGCCAAAAGUGUUGAACUAAAGAAUCUGCAACCUUGGCAGAUCCUGCCAAUUUCUGUAUGUAGUGAUUCCUGCCAACCUGGAUAUCGGAAGACAAAGGUGGAAGGGAAGAAGUUUUGCUGUUACGAUUGUAAUCGAUGUCCAAAAGGGAAGAUUUCAAAUCAAACUAGCCCUGAUGACUGCUCUGAAUGCCCAGAACAUCUAUAUCCAAACAAAGACCAAGAUGAAUGCAUCCCAAAAGUCAUAAGCUUCCUGUCCUUUGAAGAACCCUUAGGGAAAAGUUUAGCUUCCAUUGCUGUUUCUUUUUCCUUGAUCACAGUCUUGGUGCUGCACACCUUUAUUAAGCACAGGGAUACCCCCAUAGUCAAAGCCAACAAUCGGGGCCUCACUUACACUCUCCUCGUCUCUCUCCUGCUUUGCUUCCUCUCUUCUUUGUUGUUCCUCGGAAAGCCUGAGAAACUGACUUGCCUUCUUCAACAACCAGUUUUUGGUUUGAUCUUCUCAGUGGCUGUUUCAUGUGUGUUGGCCAAAACCAUCACUGUGGUUGUAGCUUUCAUGGCCAACAAGCCAGGGUCUACCAUGAGGAAGUGGGUGGGAAAAAGACUGGCCACCUCCAUUAUUCUUUCUUGCUCCCUCAUUCAAGUUGGCAUUUGUGUUGUGUGGCUCACAACCUCUCCCCCAUUCCUGGAUUUAGACAUGCAGUCAGUCCCUGAAGAAAUCACUGUGCAAUGUCAUGUAGGUUCUGCCAUCAUGUUUUAUCUUGUCCUAGGCUACAUGGCACUACUAUCCAUCAUCAGCUUUUCUGUGGCUUUCUUAGCUAGGAAUUUGCCAGACACCUUUAAUGAAUCCAAAUUUAUCACCUUUAGUAUGCUGAUGUUCUGCAGUGUUUGGUUGUCAUUUUUUCCAGCCUACCUGAGCACCAAGGGCAAAUACAUGGUCGCAGUGGAGAUCUUCUCUAUCUUAGCUUCUAGUGCUGGGUUGUUAGGCUGUAUCUUCUCUCCAAAAUGUUACAUUCUUCUCUUCAAGCCUGAGCUGAACAACAGGGAACUGAUAAUGGGGAGAAAGAAUUAG